CCCCAUGAAAUUCAAGUACAAGAAGAAACUAAUCGAUAUCAUCCAUUUCUUUGAGAGACAUAAUAAGUUAUAUCAUAUACAAAAAACUCUUUUAGAUAGCCCUAAUAUAUAUACUUGUGAUCGAUCUCUUGCUAAGUAUAUAUAACUAAGAAACUUUUAUAGUUAUGGAAGGAAGCAAAGCCAAUAUUCCAGCAAGUUUGCAGACUCCAACCUCUGGUAGUCCACGGUUGCAGCCUCCAACCUAUGGAAAUCUAAUCACAGUUCUCAGCAUUGAUGGAGGUGGAAUUAGAGGUCUUAUCCCAGGAACUAUCCUUAGUUUCUUAGAGGAAGAAUUACAGAAACUUGACGGUGAGGAAGCAAGACUUGCCGAUUAUUUUGAUGUGAUUACUGGAACAAGCACAGGAGGUCUUGUUACUGCCAUGUUAACUGCCCCUAAUGAGAAUAACCGUCCUCUUUUUGCUGCUAAAGAUAUUAAGGACUUCUAUCUCACUCAAUGCCCUAAAAUCUUCCCACAAAAAAGUUGUCCAUUAUUCCCGUACCUUACGAAGGUGAUCAAAGCUUUAGCAGGACCAAAAUACGACGGUAAGUAUCUACAUAAGCUCGUGAAAGAAAAGCUUGGGGACACAAAAUUACACCAGACUUUGACCAAUGUUGUCAUUCCAACUUUUGACAUCGAACAACUCCAGCCAACAAUAUUUUCCAGCUAUGAGGUGAAGAAAAAUCCAUCUUCAGAUGCGUUUCUCUCAGACAUAUGCAUUGGAACUUCAGCUGCUCCAACCUAUCUUCCGGCUCAUUACUUUGAAACCAAGGAUUCUCAAGGACAAGUCAUUAGAAAAUUCAACCUUAUAGAUGGUGGUGUUGCUGCAAACAAUCCGACUCUAGUGGCAAUCGGUGAAGUGUCGAAGGAGAUAAUAGGUGGGAGCCAAGCUUUCUUUCCUAUAAAUCCAUUGGACUAUGCUCGAUUUCUGGUGAUAUCUUUAGGGACUGGGUCUGCAAAAGCUGAAAUGAAAUACAGUGCCCCAGCAGCUGCUAAGUGGGGUUUGCUCAAUUGGUUAACCAGUGGUGGUUCUACCCCAAUUAUUGAUGUGUUUUCUGAUGCAAGUAGUGACAUGGUCGAUCUCCAUCUCUCUGUGGUUUUCCAAGCCUUGAACUCACAGAAGCACUACCUUCGUAUUCAGGAGGAUACUUUGACAGGCAACGUGUCAUCAGUAGAUGUAGCCACGAAAAAGAAUCUGGAAAAUCUUGUCGAAGUUGGAGAUCAAUUGCUAAAAAAGCCAGUUUCUAGGGUUAAUUUGGAGACUGGCCGAUUCGAGAUUUCUAAUCAUGAGACUAAUCAAGAGGCUCUUAUCAGGUUUGCUAAAAUACUCUCAGAAGAGAAGCAACUUCGCGAUGCAAGGUCUCCUCAUGUCACUCAUGUCAAGCAUACUACUUAGUCUUUAUUAGCAGCUGUGUGUGAUUCUUUUCAAGAAGAUUAAUUACUUUGUUCAUUCAUGAUAUUUAAAUUAUACAUUUUUUUUUCCUUUUUUUUGGUACGAAAUAAAUCACCAAAAGUGUGAUAUACAGUUUGGUGUUAUCAAUAAAUGUUGGCUUCAAUAGCUAAUGUAUUAUUAUUAUCUUCUA